CUUUCUUAUUUUUUGAAACUCUUGCACGUUGGAUGUCGAGCGUCAUGCCAAAAAAGUCCACUGUUCGUCCUUUAAAUGAUUCCCCCUCCAGUGGAACAUCCCCCGCUGGGCAGGAUCCCAACGAGUAUAUAGUGGAAAAGAUUAUCGGAAAGCGCUUCGUGCGCGGGCGUCCCCAGGUCCUUGUAAAGUGGAUGGGCUUUUCGGUGGAGAUGAGUACCUGGGAGCCCAUGGAGGCAAUGACCAACUGCUUGGUUCUGUUGGCCGACUACGAGGCGAAACUUUUCAGCGAAAGCCAGAUGAAGAACGGCCAGGAAGAAAAGACGACCAUCCAGGAGCAGGAGACAACUCCCACUGCAAGCACCUCAACUAAAGCCAUCCAGAAUACCAAUCAGAAGAAGAUGACAGUGCCCACUGCCCGCUCUUCAGCAAACGCUACCGAGAAGCCCAGUCAGCAGGAGGAGAAAGUGACCAUUGCCAGGACCUUAACUGGGGUCGCCAAAGAGACUAGCCAGCAGAAGAAGGCAGUGCCUUCAGAUAACACGUCGACUGGGGCCAUCAAGAAGACCUGUAAGCAGCAGAAGGCAGUGCCCACAGUCAGCCCUUCGACUAGGGUCACCAAGAAUACCAACCAGAAGCAGAAGAGAGCCUUCGUUACCAUAACUUCGAAUGGAGCCAUCAAGAAGAUCUUCAAGAAGCAGCAGAUAGUGUCCACUGGUAUCACUUCAACUGGAGCCAUCAGGAGGACUAGCCAGGAGCAGGAGACAGUACCAACUGCCAAUCCCUGGACUGAAGCCAUUAAGAAGACUCCCAGCACCUCAACUGAAGCUAUCAAGAAGAUCACCAAGAUGGAGGAGGCAGAACCCACUCCCAGCACCUCAACUGAAGCAAUCAAGAAGCUCACCAAGUUGCAGGAGGCAGAACCCACUGCCAGCGCCUCAACUGGAGCAAUCAAGAAGACUCCCAGCACUUCAACUGAAGCUAUCAAGAAGCUCACCAAGAUGCAGGAGGCAGAACCCACUGCCAGCGCCUCAACUGAAGCAAUCAAGAAGAUCAGCAAGGUGCAGGAAGCAGAACCCACUCUCAGUACCUCAACUGAAGGCAUUGGGAAGUCAUGGAUGGGUUCGCCUUCUGUUGGAAGUGGAAAUGCUAAAACUUUAAAAGAACCUGAACCGAACCGCGAGGCAAAUGGGUCACAGAAGAGGUCAGAGGAACGGACUCCGUCACCGGCAAGAUCGAGCAGUUCGGGCAGCGAUAGCGAUAAUAGUGAAGCCAAAGAAUACUCCAAGCACAGUUGGUGGCAGCCACCGUGCACCACACCCUUCGGGCUGGCUCGAGGACUGGAACUGGAGAGUGUGCAACAUAGCUUCUGGGUGGGCGACCAUUUCUUUCUGUUCGUCACGUGGAAGGGAUGUCCGCAUCUGGAUGCAGUGCUUUUCGAUGAACUCCGGGAGGUCUAUCCCGUGCAAGUUAUGGAAUACCUUGAGAUCUUAGAUUCCCAAAAUGUCAAAUAAUGGCUAAAAGAGGUUAUAAUAAGCAGCGAAUUGAAGUUCGGUUUGAGCGCAUUUCGAAUGGAUGGCCUUUUUUUUCUUAUUUAUGCAGCUGUCAUAACUAAAAAACCACCUAUUAUAUUUGAUAAAAUCCCAACUUAUAUGUUUUUAUUAUAUAAGUUUAUGUACAUGUUUUUAAUGUACGUCUUUGAGAUCUUAAAUGUCAAUCAAAACUUUUUUUUUGUCAUUGAAAACUUUGUUCUGAGUGAACUUCACUCAGAUUUUAUACUUUCCGUAAGUAAUUUUAUUAUUAAAAAUACUUGAUCUAUGUAAAACCAAAUGUUGACAAUACUGAUACUGAUACUCAUUUUAUUAUACCUUACAUACCUUACAACUAAUAAAUCGAAUUCAAUUUAAGUUCCUAAAUUCGA